AUGUGUUCUCGGAAACAAUGCAUUGCUGAUCAUGACGUAUCGUGCCACACUAAUGAAGACAUAAAUUCUAAUUCUACUUUACUUCAGAAGUUUCACGGAAACAGUAAAACGUCAGUUCGUUUGACUUAUUUUGAUGGAUCGAGCUACGUAAAAAAACACAAAGCUCCUCAAACAAAACAAGCCAGUACGAAAUCGUUUGUUGGGAACUCUGAUAUAAACAUCCGGAAUACGAUUACUAAAUGUAAAACGCUCUGUGACAAUGCGGACCAGAAAUCUAGUGGAAGUGGUUCUAAGUCGGCUGCUGACAUGUCAGACACUCUGCCGGCUGACGUGUGUGUGCGGAUGGUGGGCGGACGAGUACGUGAAAUAUUAGACUUAUUGGCCCGGUCGGACAACGACAUGGGGUGUGCGGACGCCUAUUGGUUGCAGAAGCUGUUUAAGUCAGUAAUCCGAGCACUUGAUGACUUACGGAGUGCUUGCUGUAGACCUCGUCAGAUAACCAACUUGCGGAAUUCUUGCAAAAAGACCACCCGUCUCUCCGGCGCCGGUUCCGGGCCGUCCAUGUCGUCGAGUGAACUUAAUAUGCUGUGCAAAUAUCCACACAAUGUUUGUAAUCAAUGUGGUUGUUCGGUCAAUACUAACCUGCAGAAAUUGAUAAAAGCCGCCGCCAAUUUUGGAUGCUCGUAUGGUUACGCGGUCAACUCGGACAAAGUGAAUAGACGUUAA